AUGUCCAAGCCAAGUUGGUGUCUUCUUGCCGCAUUUGUUAUCAUUUUUCAACAGAUUGCUCCCAUAGUGUCGCAGACGGCUGAUAAGCGUAUGUAAAAGCUAUUACAUUUUACAGUACAGUACAGUAUGUUGAAACAAUUAUAGUUAUACCUUUUAAUAUAGCUAAAACUUUGCUUCAAGAAACAAGUUAUACCUUUAUAGCUAAGUGAAAACAGUAGACAGAAUGCAUAUACUGUAUAUAUAAAUGACAAAAACAGUUAUUCAUGUUGAGUUUUUCUUUUCCAAACAGUCGGUAAAUGUCCAUUUGCACCAGCAAUACCAGAAUGUCCUCGGGUCCCAAUCAAACUAUGCUCAGUUGAUGGCGAAUGUCCUCUAAAUCAAAAGUGUUGUGAUGAUGGGUGCUUUGGUUUAAAGUGCCAAGAACCACGGGGUAAAUAUUUGUGAAAAUAUUUCAAUUACUUGCUCAUAAUGAAAUUUCAGAACUUGUAUAUAUGUGCGUGUGUGUUGUAGACUGACGAAGAGGUCCGGAAUACAGGAUAUUAUUCAGUGGAGUUGUUUUUUCCUCUGUAUAGGCGGGAUCCUUAUACAAACGAAAAAUUGAACGAGACUAACAUCCUGCUCUUCGAACCGAACAAACUAAUUAUUUUUAAAUUACUGAAUUAACUUGUUCAGACAGUCUGUUAUGCCUUAUAGAAAGGAAACGUUUUAUGAAAUAAUAAAUGAGGUGUAACCACACGUUUUUUCAAGUAAAUUUGGUUGAUCAAAGCCAAUAUUUUGACCAUAUUGGAUCGUCAUUGUUACUCUAGCAACAGUUUUCCAACUCUUAGUAUAGAUGGAAUUUUGGACGAACGUUUAUAUACCGUUUUAGAUCCAACUGGGAGCGGCUCCGGUCCGAUUUCGACUGCAUCUUCAUUCAUGGUUGGGAAAUCUAUCACGAGUUCGGGGCAAAGAAGGUUGGUGGUUUUUUUCUUGAUAAGAAUGACGGAGUUCCUCUGACUGUGACUGGCAGAGGCGUCGUCACGCGGGGGAGAAUGAGGGUCAGCAUCCCUCCCCGAAACGUUUCCUCCGCACCAAUUUCAGGAAAUAACGUUUCACAGAUCCUAACCCAAAAAUAUAGAAACGUUUUUCGGGGGACCAUUCCCCUGGAUGGACGAUUAGACUUCUCCCCCCUCACUUGAGGCUGGGUACGCCCCUGGGCCCUGGUAGCUGGGUGUGAUUCCUUCGAUACGCUGUUGUAUAUUGCGCCUUGUACAGACGGGCAAUUGUUUCUUUACAAGUUUUAUUUGCUGGUUUGCACGGGAAAAAAUGGACAAUUUUUCCUUCAAAACUGGUCUACAGAACAGUUAAGAACUGAUAGAAUUAAUAGAAUUGUCCUGUACAAAUCCUGUAAUUCCUUGAUUUUAAUUAUACUAAUGGUAACUUUUUUCUUCUAUCGCAGCACACUGCCUCCUAAAGGUACAUUUUAUGCAUUUAAUCUCUUAUGGUAAAAUUUUAUUUUCACAUGAUUGGAUCGGAGAUUUACAUGUGAGCUAGUCAAAAGAUUGUAUGUAGCUAAAUUUUAAAGUACCGUAUGUUGAAACAUGUUACCUUUAUAACUCAGUGUUAUUCAUGUUGAGUUUUUCUUUUCCAAACACUGGAAGUAGUAACACUGGAUCAAUAAGACAUUGCUUCCAUGUAUCCCAGACGGCUGAUAAGCGUAUGUAUAAAAGCUAAAUUUUACAGUACAGUAUGUCGAAACAAUUAGUUCUACCUUUUAUUAUAGCUAAGUGAAAACUUCGUGACUUGAAACAAGUUAUCAGUUUUUAGAUAUUGGCCUUGGGACAAAUAUAUAUACAUAUAAAUGACAAAAACGGUUAUUCAUGUUGACUUUUUCUUUUCCAAACAGUCGGUAAAUGUCUAUUUGCACCAGCAAUACCAGAAUGUCCUCAGGUCCCAAUCAAACUAUGUUCAUUUGAUGGCGAAUGUCCUCUAAAUCAAAAGUGUUGUGAUGAUGGGUGUGUUGGUUUAAAGUGCCAAGAACCACGGGGUAAAUAUUUGUGAAAAUAUUUCAAUUAAUUGCUCAUAAUGAAAUAUAAACUGAGCGAGAGGUCUGGAAUAUAGGAUAUUAUUCAGUCGAGUUGUUUUUUCGCGAUCUGUAUAGGGGAGAUCCUUAUAAAAACGAAAAAUUGAACGAAACUAAUAAUCAUUUUUAAAUUACUGAAUUAAUUUGUUCAGACAGUCUGUUAUAUACCUUAUAGAAAGGAAACGUUUUAUGAAAUAGUAAAUAAGAUGUAUAAACCAGGCGUUUUUCAAGUAAAUUUCGUUGAUGAAAGCCAAUAUUUUGACCCUAUUGGAUCGUUAUUGUUACUAUAGCAACAGUUUUCCAACUCUUAGUAUAGAUGGAAUUUAUAUACCGUUUUAGAUCCAACUGGGAGCGGCUCCGGUCCGAUUUCGACUACACCGUCACUCAUGGUUGGGAAAUCUAUCACGAGUUCAGGACAAAGAAGGUUGGUGGUUUUUUCUUUGCAAGUUUUAUUUGUUCGUUUUCACGGAAAAAAAUUGACAAUUUUCCCUUCAAAACCGGUCUACAGAACAGUUAAUAACUGAUAGAAUUGUUCUGUACAAAUCCUGUAAUUCUUUGAUUUCAAUUCUACUAAUGGUAACCUUUUUCUUCUCUUGCAGCACACUGCCUCCUAAAGGUACAUUUUAUGCAUCUUAUGGUAAAAUUUUAUUUUCACAUGAUUGGAUCGGGGACUUACAUGUGAGCUAG